AUGUAUUCUAUUGAUUUUGGAGAACGAAACGUCCGUGUAGCCAAAUGGACGGAAAGAAACGGAGGUGUGGAAGAUAGUUCUUCAGAAAUCUUACUAGAUGAUUUAGGUAGAAAGUUUUUCCAGAAUUGGAUUUCAUUUAGAAACAACUCCGUUUCUAUUGGAAAUCAUGCUCAAAAGACUAUGGGUCAGCGUGAGAACUUGUAUAUCUGGGGAAUGAAACGUGUUCUUGGAUCAAAUGGUUGUGUUCACAAUGAGGAAGAACAGAAAAAAAGGAAUUUAUUGAGACCAAGCCUCACAUUAUCGGAUAAAAGAGCUCAGUUUAAAAUUAAUUUCGGAAAGGAAGAUCUCAAUUUAGAUAGCGAGCUUGUUGUGGGACUGAUUCUGGAGUAUAUUUGCUUUCUGUGCCAAAAAGAACAGAAUGAUACCUAUGAAAAUCUUUCCCUAAUUGCCUCCAAGUUCGUUGAAAAUCACUCUAGAUUGUGUAUUAGUGUUGGUGCUUGUAGGACUGUCCCUGCGUAUUUCACUGCCUCGAACAUUCGUGGUUUUGAAGCAGCAUUGCAAACGCGUGACCUGUGCGAUGCCGUUUAUAUUCACGAUGAUAUCGCAAUUGCGGUAGAGUACGGCUACGGUCGAAACGAUAAUGGCGAUUCUACUCAGGGACACGUCGUCCUGUUCGUGAAUAUGGGUUACAAAUUUACUUCGCUCACUGUGGUGAAGUAUCUCAAGAAUCGGUGGGAAGUUGUGGCGAACAAAUCGUUCGAGCUUGGAGGAUCGGACUUUGACUGGUUGCUCGUGUUGUGGCUUUGCGAAUUGAUUCACCAGGAUGUGGAAACAGUGAAGAAGAAUAAGCAACUCUAUCAAUGUAUCGUGAAGAAGGCUGAGGAGUUAAAGAGCAACUUCAAUAUGGAAGGCGUUGAUGAAGUGGACAUCGAGCUGGAGCAUGUGAGUGACGAUAGUAGUGACGAGGAGGACGACGAGAAUAUUUUCCGAUUCGAAGAUUACUCCCUUCAUUAUGAAUCUGCCUCCUCUUUCUCGAUGUGA